UCCCGAAGAGAUUUGCAACGUCAGCCCGAAGCGCCCUUUGGCGUCAAGCUGAUAACUAAUACAUACCCCCUCUACCCCCUCCUCCGUGGAAACAUACCACGAGAAGAUAUGUCAGGUUACCCAGGAUCUGGAUACAACGGAGGAUACGGAGGUCCACCUCCUCAGCAGUACCCACCCCAGCCAAACUACUACCCUCCUCAGCAAAACUACGGACCUCCUCCUCCCCAGCAAGGAGGCUAUGGCUACCAGCAACCUCCGCCGCCUCAACAGCCUUAUGGCUACUCCCAACCUCCCCCACAGCAGUAUGGCGGCUACAAUGGUGUUCCGCCAAAUGCCCCACAAUAUGGUAGACCUCCACCAAUGCCUUCGGUGCACUCGAACGGUUAUGUGAACGGCAACCAUCAGGCCCCGCCUCCCCCUCCAUCCGGCAUGCAAAACUUCGGCCAGGGUGCACCACAAGGCUAUGCUUUCCAGUAUUCGGCGUGUACUGGAAAACGGAAGGCCCUGUUGAUUGGGAUCAACUAUUUUGGACAAAGAGGGCAAUUGCGAGGAUGUAUCAAUGAUGUGAAGAACAUGUCGGCGUUUUUGCACGAGAAUUUCGGUUACCAAAGAGACGAUAUGGUUCUCCUUACAGAUGACCAGCAGAACCCAAUGAGUCAACCUACGAAGCAGAACAUAUUAAGGGCAAUGCACUGGCUGGUGAAGGACGCUCGUCCCAAUGACUCUCUGUUCUUUCAUUAUUCAGGUCACGGCGGCCAAACCAAAGACCUCGAUGGCGACGAGGAGGAUGGAUAUGAUGAGGUUAUCUACCCUGUAGACUUCAGACAGGUGGGACACAUUGUCGAUGAUGAAAUGCAUAGAAUCAUGGUAACACAACUGCAACCCGGUGUGCGACUGACUGCAAUCUUCGACUCCUGCCAUUCCGGAACUGCUCUGGAUCUGCCGUACAUCUACUCCACCCAAGGUGUUCUCAAGGAACCCAACUUGGCAAAGGAAGCUGGACAAGGUCUCCUUGGCGCCAUCUCAUCAUACAGUCAAGGUGAUCUUGGUGGUGUGGCCAGCAACUUGAUGGGUUUCUUCAAGAAAGCCACAACUGGCGAUGACGCGUACAACAAGACUCUUGCAACCAAGACAUCGCCGGCCGAUGUCAUAAUGUGGUCAGGAAGCAAGGAUGACCAGACUUCUGCCGACGCAACUAUUGCCGCACAGGCUACCGGUGCCAUGUCUUGGGCCUUCAUCACCGCUAUGAAGAAGAACCCUCAGCAGAGCUACGUCCAGCUGUUGAACAGCAUCCGUGACGAGCUCGCUACCAAAUACACCCAGAAGCCGCAACUCUCUUCCAGUCAUCCAUUGAACACCAAUCUACUUUUCGUCAUGUAA